AUGGUGUACCUUCUGGAUCCCCAGGUUUGUGUGGCACUGCUAGACCUUUUGUGGUUCGCCUCCAAGUCGCCAGCUAUCAUCUUGUACCCCAAAACUCUACCUUGCGAUGUCAGGAGUAACGGGAGCACAGUGAUGGUGGACUGCACUGCCAGAAAACUCACAGACAUCCCGCAAGGCAUUCCGAGAGACACCACCAACCUGACGCUCACCAUCAACCACAUUCCCAAGUUAAACUCCUCCUCUUUUGGCAGCUUGGAGAACCUGACUGAGCUUGAUAUGCGGUGCAAUUGUCUCCCCAUCAAGAUCGGACCCAAAGACCACAUUUGCACCGAGAGUGUCAUGAUAGAAGACAAUGCUUUUCACGCCCUAACCAAACUGAGAGCGCUUUAUUUAGACGGAAACCAACUCGGCGGCAUCCCCGAAGGCCUGCCUCCUGAUCUCCGCUUGUUGAGCUUAGAAGUGAAUCACAUUUAUAACAUUUCUCAUGCAAACUUCUCCAAAAUCCUACAUUUGGAGAAGCUCUAUCUUGGUCAAAAUUGCUACUACCGAAAUCCAUGCAAUUUUUCAUAUCAAAUUGAGUCCGGUGCCUUUUUACAGCUGAACAAUUUAACUCUGUUAUCGUUGAAGUCAAAUAACCUAUCUUUUAUUCCACAUCUGCUACCGACAAGCCUGAAGGAGCUGUAUCUCUACAACAAUAACAUUGACAAGGUCACGGAGAACGACUUCCGAAACCUGACUAACUUGGAGACACUUGACAUUAGCGGAAACUGCCCGCGGUGUUACAACGCUCCUUUCCCAUGCACACCUUGCCAAAAUAAUUCCCCUCUUCAAAUCAGCAAGUCAGCGUUUAAAACGCUGGCGAAACUGAAGACACUGCGUCUGCACAGCAACUCCUUGAAAAUUGUGCUACGGGAAUGGUUCAGCGGUACGAAGGAGCUCAGAGUUCUUGAUCUAUCGUCAAAUUAUUUAGCAAGAGAUAUAGGAUUUACAGACUUCCCACGUUUUAUGAGCAAACUGGAAGACCUGGACCUUUCGUUUAACUACGAGCUACAGCGCUACCCCCAAACGCUAAAGUUGAGCAAAGAGUUCUCCAAACUCACGUCCCUGAAAAUCCUCCGAAUCAAAGGCUAUGUUUUUCAGCAGCUGGAAGAAGACAGCAUUGAUCCUCUGAAACCUCUGCAAAACUUAGAAGUCAUCGAUCUUGGGACAAACUUCAUUAAGAUCACAAACCUUAGUAUUCUGAUGGAAUUGCGAAGUUUUAAAAUUAUCAAUCUGGCUGAAAAUAAAAUAUCGGCUCCAUCUGAUAGGCAGAAUUCUGUUGGUGUCCCUGGAGGAGAGAAAGAACCGUUGCUGUGGUCGCCCAUGUCGGACAACUACAAAAAUCAUGAAGCACGAGAGAUACAAUACUUCCGAUAUGACGAAUACGCACGGAGCUGCAAAAACAAAGAUAAAGAGCUCGGAAUUCCGAUGUCAUUUGCCAAAAGGGAAUGCACACAGUUUGGCAAAACACUGGACGUAAGCAGGAAUAACAUUUUCUUUUUGAAUUCACGAUUUUUAAAUCUAUCCGAGGUGCGUUGCCUUAAUUUAUCCGGCAAUGCAAUGAGCCAAAGUCUAAACGGUUCGGAAUUUACCUACCUGACUAAUUUAAAGUAUCUGGACUUCUCGCUUAAUCGCCUGGAUCUUCGCUACGCCACUGCCUUUCAAGAGCUGGAAAAUCUGGUCGUUCUCGACAUCAGCAAAAACAACCAUUAUUUUGAAUCCGAGGGCAUUACUCGGUUGCUGAACUUCACCAAAAGUCUAAAAAGACUAAAAACGCUACGGAUGAACCACAACAAGAUCUGGACUUCGACAAACACAGAACUGGAAAGUGAAUCUUUGGAGAAGCUCGAGUUUGUGGAUAACCGAUUGGAUCUGUUGUGGCGAGACGGCGACACCAGAUUUCUCAAAUACUUCCAGAAGCUGCAGAACCUGAGAGAACUGGACAUCUCGCAUAACAACCUGAAUUUCAUCCCGCAUCAAGUGUUCCUGAGUCUGCCAAACAAGUUGUCGGUGCUCUACGUAAAAAACAACAAACUGAAAUCCUUUGCGUGGGAAGAACUGCAAUUUCUACAAUCGCUGCAGGUCUUGGAUCUGAGCGGGAACAGCUUAUCGACUGUUCCAAGCGUGCUCUCAAACUGCACCAAAACUCUCAAGACGCUCAUUUUGAAAGGAAACCAAAUCCGAACCCUGACGCCGGACUUCCUCAAGGACGCACAUAGCAUCACGUAUUUGGAUAUCAGUUUCAAUCACAUAAAUCACGUAGAAAUAUCGAGUUUUCCUGAUGAUGUAAUCAAUCAUAUGGAAAAACUGCUUUUGCACAACAAUGAUUUUGUGUGCUUGUGCAAUAUCACUUCAUUUGUCACGUGGCUCAACGGCACUACGGUGCAAAUUCCCAAACUGGCCACGGAUGUGACCUGCGCCGUUCCGGAGGCAAAAAGAGGCCAACCCGUGAUCUCCGUCGACCUGUUGGCUUGUCAACACAAUGACCUGUCAAUCAUGCUCUACAUGCUAAACGCUUCCCUCGUGCUUAGCCUCCUCAUCCUGUUCAUCUCCAGUCAUCUCUUCCUGUGGGACGUAUGGUAUAUCUACCAUUUUUGCCGUGCCAAGCUCAAGGGCUACAGGCGCUUUGACUCCCAGAGUGCACUCUAUGACGCCUUUGUCAUAUACGACAAAGCAGACCCGGCGGUGUUGGAAUGGGUGAUGAAGGAAAUGUGCAUCCACCUGGAGAAACGAGGAGACCGCCGACUGACUUUGUGUCUGGAGGAGCGAGACUGGAUUCCUGGCUGUCCGCUGAUCGACAACCUCUCGCAGAGCAUCCACAAGAGCAAGAGGACGGUCUUCGUUCUCACCAACAAAUACAUCCAAAGCGGAAACUUCAAGACGGCUUUCUACAUGGCCCAGCAGAGGUUGAUGGACGAAAAAAAUGACGUAAUCGUCCUGAUCCUCUUGGAGGAAGUACCGUGCAAUUCAAGGUACCUGAGACUGAGGAAAAGACUGUAUAAACGCUCGGUUCUCAAAUGGCCGACGAACCCUCGAGCUCAGCCGUACUUCUGGUUCGGCCUGAGGAGCGUUUUAGCCACUGAAGGCCACAAGCAAUACAACAACCUCUUCAAGGAGACGCUUAUCUCAUUGGCCAGUUUUUAUUAUUUUGACAGAUUUUUCAGGGUACAAAAUAUUACUUUCUUGGGUAUUUUCCAAAAUGGGAAUACUUGUAAGUCAACCAAUGUCACGGAAUGGAUCAUGUCGAACGUUCGAGGUUCCGCUGUCGCUGCUAAAACAAGCUACAACAUGCUGACUUGUUUUGUUGUUCAUCUACAGACCGCCAUGUUGUGGAUGCAAAUGCUGCUGCUUUGUGCGUGUUGCUGGCCUGCUGCGAGCAAACCCAAAUGGAUGCUACCCCAGUUCCCCUGUGACGUCAUCUCCAACAAUCAGUCACAGGUCACAUUCGACUGCAGAGGCCGAAAGCUGAAAUAUGUCCCAGAAGGCAUAACCAGUAAUGCGACGGAGCUGAUGUUGUCGGAAAAUCGCAUAAGUCAAAUCAACUUGAAGUCAUUUUCCAACCUAAUAAAUCUCGCUCGGCUCAACCUGAACUGGGCAAACAAGAAAAAGCUCAUGAAGAUCGACAACGAUACUUUCCAAACUCUGAACAAUCUGCAAUGGUUACAACUGAGCGGCAACUGCCUGACUGCGGUGCCGGUCAUGCUGCCUCGGAGUUUGACCGAACUGGAGCUAAACAAUAACAGACUUUUGAAUUUGGACAAGAAUAGUUUUACCAGACUGAGAAACGUGACAAGACUGUGGCUAUCCAAAAAUUGCUACUACUGGAACCCCUGCGGGCGGCAUAUGCAAAUUUCACGCGGCAGUUUUGCCGUGAUGACCAAACUGCAGAAUCUGGACUUGUCCUUUAACAACCUAACCCAAGUCCCCAAAGGAUUGCCGUCGUCAUUGCAGAUGCUCAAGCUGGGGACCAAUCAAAUCGAGUACAUAUCGAAGAACGAUUUCCGUGGCAUGAAGCAACUGAAAAUCCUGAAAAUACAAGGGAAUUGUAGAAGAUGCCAAAACGCCCCAUUUCCCUGUGUUCCCUGCAAAAACGGUUCUCUUGCCGUCCAUCCGGACGCAUUCCGUGAUUUAACACGUCUUGAAACACUGAACCUGGCCGGAAACUCCAUGACCUACAUGAACCCGUCCUGGUUCCAGAAACUAAAGCAACUUAAAGAACUGCUCAUCUCAUUUAACUUCUUACGAAAAGCAGUAACCGGCGAGGCUACGUUUCUUACAUACCUUCCCAAACUUGAAAAAAUUGAUCUGUCGUUCAACUUUGACCUGAAGAGCUACCCCAAGACAGUAAGACUUUCCGAGUAUUUCUCGAGUCUAGUGUCGCUUAGAACUUUGCAUUUGGAAGGUUUGGUCUUCCAGGAAAUUGGAGCCGACACGCUCAGACCUCUGUACAAUCUCAAAAACCUGUCAACACUGAACUUGGGAACCAACUUCAUCAUGCAGUUAAACUCCACCAUAUUCCGCAAAUUCUCACACAUGAAGAUGAUAUACCUUGGCGAAAACCGCCUCCAUCCGAUUUCCGUGAACGCCCUCAUGCAGUCAAGCGAUGGAUACAAUGAAAGGUCGGAUUAUUCCGUUUCGACAUUCACAAUGCCGCAUCCAAAGGAGUUUGAGAUAUCGCAUAGCUUUGUCAAACAGGAGUGCUUCGACUCCGGACGAGUGCUAAGCCUCAACUCCAAUAAUUUAUUCUUCAUUUCGCCACAGCAGUUCAACGACUACAUCAACAUCACAUGUCUCAACCUCUCUGGGAACGGAUUUUCAUCAGCGUUGAAUGGCACCGAGUUCUCCUCCAUACCCACACUGACGUACCUGGACCUGUCCUACAAUAGGAUCGAUCUGGCCUUCGACUACGCCUUCAGUGAACUGAAGAACCUCCAAGUACUGGACAUCAGUCACAAUUCUCACUACUUUACAGCCUACGCCAUCACGCACAACUUGAACUUCCUAAAAAACCUGCCUGUACUGCGAGUACUGAAUAUGAGUCAUAACUUGAUUAACAUGUUGACGACAAAACAAAUGUACAGCAAAUCAUUAACAGAACUACAAUUUACAGCAAACUUUCUAGGGACUCUUUGGAAAGAACGAGAUCACUCGUAUAUUAACAUUUUCACGCAUCUCACUAAUUUAACCAUAUUGGACAUAUCGGAAAAUUCUAUCACUAAACUACCCAAAGACGUUUAUGAUUCGUUGCCACGGAACCUUAUAAAAUUAAGCCUGAGUCAUAACUCACUCAAAGACUUCAUGUGGGACAAGCUAAGCAAUUUCCCAAAGCUUCAAACUCUGGACCUGAGCUUUAAUUGCAUAUCUGACGUGAAGGGCAUAGACUCUAACGCCACCUACAUGUUGACCUACCUGGACUUGAGUCACAAUCACAUCUUCCACUUGGACGACGGAUUCAUGAGAAGCGCCAAAAGCCUCAGGACUCUUUCAUUAAGCCACAACAAACUCAGUCUAAUUAACCAAUCCACUUUCUCAUCCGGUCAUGACAAAUUAUUACUGGGGGGUAACCCGUUCCAGUGUACCUGCGACAUGUUAGAUUUCAUUCUGUGGAUUGAAACCAGCGGUGUGCACAUCCCCAGACUGGCCACGGAUGUGACAUGUGAUGGACCGGAGAAAGAGAAAGGCCGAGCGCUCAUUCUUUUUGAUAUCAACCAAUGUGUGAACGGCAGUGUGGCAUUCCUGCUCUACAUAGUCACCUUGUCCUUCAUUAUCGUUUUUAUGUUCGUGGUGACGGUUGCUCACUUAUUUUACUGGGACGCUUCCUACACGCUACACUACGUGAAAGCCAAACUGAAGGGAUACCGCUCCCUGAACUCCUGCCGUAGCAUUUAUGAUGUCUUUGUGACUUACGACACCAAAGAUCCGCAUGUUUCCGAGUGGGUGAUGAAGCAUUUACGUGUGAAGCUGGAAGACGAAGGCGAGAAGCAUCUGCCUCUGUGUUUGGAGCAAAGGGACUGGAUUCCCGGAGUCCCCCUAAUGGACAAUCUCAUUCAAAGCAUCCGAGACAGCCGCAAGACCAUGUUUGUUCUAACAGAGGGCUACGUCAAGACCGGGGUUUUCAGGCUUGCCAUGUACCUGGCGCAUCAACGGCUGCUGGAUGAAAACAUGGACGUGAUCGUGCUGCUGAUGCUGGAGCCUGUGAUGCAGCAUUCCUACUUCCUGCGUCUCCGGAAGAGACUGUGCGGGAAAAGCGUAGUGGAGUGGCCCAAGACGCCGGCAGCUGAGCCGUGGUUUUGGCAAAACUUGCGGAAUGUCAUCCGAGUGGACAAUCAGGUCAUGUACAACAAGACCUACUCCAUGUACUUCACUAGCAGGUGAAGUUUGAGACAACAGCGAGGGAAUGAUAGCCUGUCACUGUCAUAAUCAUAAUCAUGUUAACCAUUUGGAAUGUUUGUUUUUUCAAUAACUUAAAUUCAUGAAUCAUAGCAACAAAAUACAUUAUUAAAGUGUAUAGUAAUGUAAAGUGCAUUAAGAGUAGGCUCUCUGCUUUUGUCUACAUUUGCACCUAGCAUGUAAUGGUAAUGGUAAUGGUAAUGGUUUUAUUUCAUUUGAACAUGCAUCAGAUUACAAUUGAGUGCAUCCCAUAA